CUGAUGUUGAGGAAGAGCUGACGAAGAAAGGAAGGGUCCCCACUGCCGUACUGAACAUGGAUGUGUGGUCCAGAGUCGUGGUUUGGCUCCUCUGUGGCUUCCUGCUGCAGCAAGGACAGGGGGAGAGGCCCCCCGGGACCCACCUGGACGAAGCCACAAUCGCAGAGUUCUGCCGCAUUGACGAGCCCAUGUGCCGCGACGAGGACGAGCAGCUCAGCUUCGAAGCCGUCCGCAGCAUCCACAAGCAAAUGGACGAUGAUGCCAAUGGCAACGUGGACGUGGAGGAGAGUGACGAGUUCCUCAGGGAAGAUCUGAAUUACCACGAUCCUACACUCCAGCACAGCACCUUCCAUGGGGAGGAUAAUCUCAUUAGCGUUGAAGAUCUCUGGAAGGCCUGGAAGGCCUCUGAAGUGUACAACUGGACGACUGAGGAGGUGGUUCAGUGGCUGAUCACUUACGUGGAGUUGUCCCAAUACGAAGAAACCUUCCGGAAACUUCAGCUCACCGGGCACGCCAUGCCAAGGUUGGCAAUAAACAACGCCACCAUGACGGGAACUGUCCUGAAGAUGACUGACCGGAGCCACAGGCAGAAGCUGCAGCUGAAAGCCCUGGACACGGUUCUCUUUGGGCCGCCUCUUUUGACGCGCCACAACCACUUGAAGGACUUCAUGCUGGUGGUGUCCAUUGUGAUCGGUGUGGGGGGCUGCUGGUUUGCCUACAUCCAGAACCGCUACUCCAAAGAGCACAUGAAGAAGAUGAUGACAGACCUCGAAGGGCUGCACCGCGCGGAGCAGAGCCUGCACGACCUCCAGGAGAGGCUCCAGAAGGCCCAGGAGGAGCACCGCACGGUGGAGGUGGAGAAGGUCUCCCUGGAGAAGCGGCUGCAGGACGAGAUCAGCCUGGCCAAGCAGGAGGCCCAUCGGCUGCGGGAGCUGCGGGAGGGGACGGAGAAUGAGCUCAGCCGGCAGAAGUACGCCGAGCAGGAGCUGGAGCAGGUGCGCAUGGCACUCAGGAACGCCGAGAAGGAGCUGGAGUCGCACAGCAGCUGGUCCGCCCCCGGCGCUCUGCAGAAGUGGCUGCAGCUGACCCACGAGGUGGAGGUGCAGUACUACAACGUCAAGAAGCAGAACGCCGAGAAGCAGCUGCUCUUGGCCAAGGAGGGGGCUGAAAAAAUAAAGAAGAAGAGGAACACCCUGUUUGGAACAUUCCAUGUCGCGCACAGCUCCUCCCUGGACGAUGUGGAUCACAAAAUCUUGACUGCCAAGCAAGCGUUGAGCGAGGUGACGGCAGCUCUGCGGGAGCGGCUCCACCGCUGGCAGCAGGUCGAGCUGCUGUGCGGCUUCCAGAUCGUCAACAACCCAGGCAUCCACACGCUGGUGGCCGCCCUCAACAUCGACCCCAGCUGGAUUGGCGCUCCUCCCCGGCCCAACCCCUCCCACUUCAUCAUGACCGAUGACAUGGACGACCUGGACGAAGAGAUCGUCUCUCCCGUGUCGGCGCAGUCGCCCGUCUUGCCAAGCAGCAUCCGCCAGCGCCUCGUGGACCCCCAGCAUGCCUUGGGAUCUCAGAGGUUGGUAGAGGGUCAGCAGCUCCCCAGCCAGGCCGAAUCGGGGCCGCUGGCCCACUUCCUGCCAGGCAGGGUGGCUCUGCGUCGAAUGCCUAGCCUGACCAGCGGCCAGAGCUUCAGCUCCGAGGUCCCCUGCGCCAGCCCGCCUUUCGCCGCCUCCUCGUGCUCCUCCACGCCUGCCCACGCGGCUUCCGCCUGCCAUGCCCUCCCCAUCUACUACCACCACACGACCUCCUCGUACAUCCUCCAGAUGGACACGCUGCCCAACCUGCCCCCUCCCGAUGACACCUCUGGGACGCACUGUGGCGCAGACAGCUUUGGAGACCUGUCCCGCUCCGACUCAGACUCCUCCCUCCCUCACAUGAGUGACCACCAGCGCAUAUCCGGUGCCACGCCCAAAAUGCUCCCAAACAGGCCGACCCAGUUGCACAAGGCUUUUGAGGAGGCAGCUGGCACCGGCUACCCAGCCCUCCUCGCUGGGUCCCCCAACGGCGGCCACAACCGGCUCCCGGAGGGCUCGUCCCCACAGGAUCAGCUGCCCGAGAGCCCCAUUGUGAUGAAGAAGGCGAUGAUGCUGAACCACGGCUUGGAGAAGUCGUCCAGCCUUGGGGAGAUCAGCCACUCGGCUGCUGGCAGGGCGGGGGUCCGGCCGAGCCACUCCGACUCUUCCCGGUCUCACAGCCCCAGCUCCACCGAGCCCGACACCCCCUCCCCGGUCUCCGACUCCCGGCCCAACAGCGUCACCAAGGGCAGCACCCGCAUCCCCCAGCUGGCCUCUAAGAAGAACGUGGGGGAGGAAGACAGCGGCUCCACGGGGGAGGAGACCGACUCGGGCCCGGGCAAGAAGAAGUUCCCCCUCAAGAUUUUCAAGAAGCCAAAGAAAUAGGA